AGAAGUCGCGUGCAGCUAAAAACUGUGUCAACCCAAAACGUCACACUUCCAAGUCUCAAACCCUUCAACUCAAAGCAAACAACAAAUGGCUCCAAACCCUGUAUCACUCGCUCGUAAAACCCCUCUCCUAAACCGUUUCGUGGGUUAUUCUCGUAGACCCUCUUUGCAUUCUGGUCCUCAGUCUAGGAUUGCAGCAAACCCUGUUCAGAUAAGGGGCUUUAGAAGCUCUUCUUUGAGCCAUUGCCACUCACAUGCUCCGCAUUCUCAUUCAUAUUGCCUGAAUUCUGGCAAUGGAGUCGUGUUUAAGGACUUGGGUCGUUCUGAAAUAGGUUUUAGGCAACUGGGUUUUGACCGUUUUCGUCUCUACGUCGUUUCGGAUGGUGGGUCGGGUGGAACUGGUGGAUAUGGCGGUUCUGGUGAUGGAAAUUAUGGUGGCAGAGGUGACGGUGGUGCCGGAGAUGGUGGUCGUGGUGAAAACAAUUGGUCGUUGCUCUCUUGGUAACAUAUGCCAACUUGA